UGUUUCUUCGGGGUCUGAUCUGCUCAGAUUUCCAUCAUGAAUAAAUAAGAGAGUUUAUAUCCCAGAGUAAUAUUUUCCCUCCCUCGUUUGGAAUGUAUUUUUCUCCCUCUCUUUCCAUUUUACCGAAAUUAUGUGCGCAUGUGGGUGUGUCGUGGCUUAGCCUGGUGUAGUGCUUGUGCGCACUCCGAAAAAGAGGUAGAAGUUGAGAAUGACUUUAGUUUGAAGCCGCUAUAGCCUGCUAUUGGACUUCCAGUAUGGCUGUUUGGACUCGAGCGGACAAAAACGGACAACUGGAUCUUCUGCUCCGGGACCGCUGGGUUCGCGUUACGGCCGAGCUGGCCCGUGAAACUCUAACUUUAACGGCUGAAGCAGAGAUAGGUGGACCUGUGUGUAAUGUGGAAUAUAACUCUCCAUCAGGCCUGCGGAACGGAGUACCGAACGGGAAUGAUCCCGGAAUCGUAAACCCGAACCCGAAUCGCGGCCAAUCCCCGAAUCCACAGCAACAUUCGAACCACGCUGCAUUAAGGCGAAGCAGCAGUCCCGCUCGCGGUGGGGUCGGUCGAGGACAGUAUGACAACAGCUAUGGGUUCGGUAGCCCAGGUUCGGGCAGACAAACCCACGAUAACGGGACAAACUCUGAUUUUGGAAGCCCAGGGUCCAGCUACGGCAGUCCUGGAUCUAGUUUCAGCUCCAGGCAUGGCGAAACGAGCAUCAGUCCCGACAUCAGCAUAUCGGAGGCGGUGAGGAAAGUUCGAGUUGUCAAGCAGGAGUCGGGUGGGUUAGGCAUUAGUAUAAAGGGUGGUCGGGAGAACCGAAUGCCCAUCCUGAUCUCCAAGAUAUUCCCUGGGUUGGCAGCGGACCAGAGCCGGGCUCUCCGGGUCGGUGAUGCCAUCCUUUCUGUCAACGGGAAUGACCUCCGGGAAGCGACGCACGACCUGGCGGUGCAGGCGCUUAAAAAGGCCGGCAAGGAGGUGACUCUGGAGGUGAAAUACAUCCGGGAGGUGUCCCCGCUCCUCAAGAAGCCCUCUCUGGUGGCUGACCUCCCGUGGGACGAGGUGCGGCCGCAGUCCCCCAGCCUGAGCGGCAGCGAGGACUCAGGGUCCCCCAAACACGCCGGGGCCGGGGCCAAGGACCGCAGGGAGCACUACGGGGGCCGCGACCGGAAGGUCCUCUCCCUGAAGAUGUGCUUCAUCAGCAGGAACAUGACCAUGCCCGACCUGGAGAACCGGCUGCUGGAGCUGCUCUCUCCGGACGGGCGCCACACGCUGGUGCUGCGCUGUAAGGACUCGUCCAGCGCUCACUCCUGGUUCAGCGCCAUCCACGCCAACAUCGCGGCGCUGCUGCCCCAGGCUCUCGCCCGCGUCAGUGCCAACACCCAGCGCCCCCUGCGACACGUCGGCUGGCUGGCGGAGCAGGUGCAGUUGGAAGGCGGGCGGCACCAAUACCGGCCGGUUGUCAUGGCGCUAACGGAUAAAGACAUCCUCCUGUUUGAUUCGGUGCCCUGGACCCGCGAAACCUGGGCCUCCCCUCUGCUGACGCAUCCGCUCCUGGCAACCAGGCUGGUACACUCCGGCAGCGCCCGCAGCUCUCCGGCGCUGGGCGCGGACCUGGUGUUCGCCACUCGGACUGGCACGGCGCAGGGCAUCGAGUCGCACGUGUUCCGCGUGGAGACGCACUGGGACCUGUCCUCCUGGACCCGCGCGCUGGUGCAGGGGGGGCACGCUGCCGCCGAGCUCAUCAAGGAGGUGUCCGUUGGCUGCGUUCUGAACAGGCAGGACGUUCGCCUCACGCUGCACUACGAGCGCGGCUUCACCGUGACGCGCGACCCCGGGGAGGCUGCGGGGGGCGCUGUUCUGGUCCGCUACCCUUUCGAGAAGCUGAAGAUGUCGGGCGACGACGGAGUCCGGAACCUCUUCCUGGACUUUGGCGGGUCCGAGGGGGAGAUGGUCUUUGAUCUGCACUCAAAUCCCAAGCCGGUGGUCUUCGUCCUACAUUCCUUCCUGUCUGCGAAAUUGACACGCAUGGGACUGCUGACGUGAGGGCGGGCGGGGGAUGGUGAUUUAUCAUAAUCCGACGGUCUCCUGUGGUGUCAUACCAACCACAUCUUUCCCACAUUACCCAUAGUUCCUGUUUCUAUCAGGAUAGCCAAACGUGCCUUUUCUAUUUAGUCGAGGAAACAAAAAGAAGACUGAAGAGACAGUGUUAUGUGUCCAGAGGCCAUAGUUUUAAAACAAAGAAAGCUUUUGAAUAUUAUGCACAAUAAUAGUAAUGAUAUUACGCAUACAUUUUUUUUUUUUAACGUGUGUACAGAUCUAUUUCUGUAGAUCGUUUUUUGGUUGCUUUUCAUGUUCUGCACGGCGUAGAUUGGAGGACCUGAGAAUCGAUGGCGUUGGGAAGAAUUCAGAACCAUAACCGGGUCAGGAGCAUGGGAAAAAUCAGGAGUGAAAAAAAGAAAAGAAAAAAAGAAGCUGUCUGCUCCACUAUUCCCCACAGGGGUUACGGUUACAUUUCCCAUUCAUGUCCAGUGUCCCUCAGACCCAGCCCCCUGCCCCGAACAGCAGUAAUCCAAUUUCUGUGUAUUGUAACAGAGAUUAGUGCACUGAUCCAUAUCCCCAGCGAGGGAAUGACUGAAGCUCAGAAGAGAGGCAGGAAAAUGGGAUAGAGACCGGCCCUUCCUCUUUGCUCCAACUACAGUGCCACCCUGGAGAGCUAAGCUCUACAAACCCCAAAGCUGCUGUAGGGAGACUGAAGUCAUUUAUUUCAAGAAAAAAAUAAAAUAAUAAUAAUGAUAAUAAUAAUAAUAAUAAUAAUAAUGCCAAUGGUAACGGCUCAGUUUCCUCUACUUUUUCAGCCAUUCUGGGCAUUGGCAGAAGGAUCACGUGGUUGAUUAUUUAACAUGCCGCCACCUAUAGGUGGGAGAUGUAGCUGCACUCCGAUGUCACUUACCAUCAUGGUGGAAAGCCUGUGGCUUCUUCUCGGAACAGCAUUGCACCCUUGUGGUCUCUUGAAAUGUUUCAGGUCCUCGUGAGCCGGGGAGGGAACUAUGUUGUCCAUUGAUUUCACAGAACAGCAACAUAUUUCAGUUGAAGGCAACUUAUUUGCAGGGUCUGACCCAAGAUUGUUGUGGUUCUGUGAUUUUUAUCAGCAGAGUUGACCCGCUUGCAUUAUGGUCCUUGUCAAUAUAGACUAAGGGACAUUCUUAUAUAUUUCCAAAGAGGACUAAACUCAAACCAAGCUUUUAUGAGAAUUUAUCAGCAUUUAGUACUGUAUAUAGACAUGUGGAACUAGACCUUGUUGGAUUGAAAUUAGACUUUUGAAGCUUUUGUAUAAUGUGUUUUGAAGCACUUCCCAGUAAAACCUGAAUGAAUAUAAUGACAGAAAUGUCAUGAACGCAAAACUUUAGUUGUCCGCCCCCGACCCCCGCUGGAAGGGCAUAGAGAAAGCAUGUCCAAGUGCUUAUUGUCAGAUCCUCUUAACUAGAUGCCUAAAUUGUUACAUUGUCAUACGGUCAAAACUGGAUUCAGCCAUGCUGGUUCUUGCCUUUCUCCAGAAACGAUGAACAGUGGAAGAAAGGGUCUUUGUCCAGAGUUGGACCAGGAUGUGCUAUAGUUAGUGGUUUGAGAGUUCUGGACUUGAGGACUUUGGCUUCAAAACCUUGAAGCUUGACUGCUUUUAGUAUUGCAGUAAAUGCUCUUUUUUUUGCAAUGCAACACAGUAAAUCUUCUGCAAAAAUGUAAAGAAAUUUGGACACAAGUUAUAUCGUAGUGCAUUCUUCUUCGACAAUCAGUCCCUUACCCGUUUGGUUAGGAUUAACGGCGAGGAAGUCCCAGGAGAAACGAAAAUGCUAGUGUACUCUACCACUACUUGUUUGUGUAGGGUCCCUGCUGCCAUGGUCUCACCAGGCCACAUCCACAGAACCACAGUCUGGGUUUUCCCCUGGUAUGGACCAUGGCGCCCGUGAAUGUAUCUCAGCAAUCCUCCGAGCUUCCAAGGCAUGGAAAACAAGCCAAACUGCCAUACUCUGACUUUUGAAAAUAUUAUUUCCACUCUUAUGUGUUCAUUCAGACCAGGCUUGUCUUGUGGCAAGGCGUAGUUUCAACCUCCCCUUUCAGAAAGCCUUUAUGAACCAAAGUUUGAUACUUCAGGCAGCUUGCGUUUUCCACAAUCAGAUAUUUUAAUCGUAGGGGGGAUGUGCUCCCGAAAUGUGUUGCUAUCUCUUAUGCGCACUCUUAAGAUAUAUAAAUCAUAUGCCUCAUUUAUGUUGUAUUCUCAAAUGUAAAUAUAUUAUGAAUAAAAUGAUACUUUUAA